AUGGCGGACCAGGAUCAGACGCCGUCGUCUUUGAAGAGGCAACACACAUCUUCAAACCCAGAGACAGCCCACCAGCCUAGCAAGAUGCAAAUCAUCGAACCACGCAAGGAUUCAGGAGCCGUUCAUUCCGCAAUAGGCAGCCGCUCGCGGCGCAUAUCUCACAAAGACUUUCCAUUUGAGGUUGUCGAGCGCGAUGCCAUUCCGCCAGAGGUACAAGAGGGGCUGCAGGUAUUUGGUUUCGAGCCGACGAGUACGGACGAGAGCGAGUCGACGGGUUCAGCCGGCGUGAAGCUGGACGCAGUCGAUCCUAGCCAGGCCGCAGAACCCGACCAAGAAGCCACGAUGGCUUUCAUUAGCACCUCGCUCGGGCGCGCCUUGCCUUUCUUGAAUAAACAGCGAGAGCUCUUGCAGAAGAUGAGCGCGGCGGGGGUGCGCUUUCCGGACUCGCCAGCAAGAAACGAGUCACAAGAUGCCGAUAUCGAUGUCCGCUUUCCGCCUUCAACACCGGGGGAUCCAACACAGAACAUGAAUUUCGCAGAUGCCAUGCUUGUAGCGCCCUCUGCAGAGUUUCCGCAGUACGGUACAUUUCAACAUACCGGCACGAAUUUCCGGUUCUCGCCUCUGACGCCGCUGGAUCCGACAAGGAACAUGAGCAUGGACGAUGUUCAGAUCGCAGACCCUUACGCAGAGUCACCGCAACGAAAUCUGUUCCAGGAUGAUGAUGAUGUCGAUUUCCGGCACCCGCCACCAACACCAGGGGGUCCUCCAGUGAAUAGGGAGCUAUUGGAACAACUAGAAGCCACAAUCGAGCUACUUCACGCAGAGCACCCAGAGUAUUUUGGGCCACGAAACGUUGAUACCGAUGUCCGGUCUGCAGGUUCAACGCCAUCGCUUCGGACGCUUCCAUCGGCGAGUACGGAAUCGUCGGAAGAUGACACGUACAGCACGAUCGAAGAGGCCCCGGAAGGAACCAUCAUCCAAAGCAUCGAGCCCGAAUCUGGGGUUCUUCCUGAGGCGCCACAGUAUCCGGAAGAAACCACGCCAGGGUCGACAACAAUCGAGGUUGAUUUCUUAGAAGACGGACGAGGCCGGUUGGGCGACGCUCGAGCUCAAAACCCCAACGACCGCACGGAACCGACGACACCCUUCAAUAUUGAUAAUCCAGACUAUGUGCAAAGCUGGCUGCAGGACGUCCUCGCCACCAAGCCUUACGAACCCGUUCGCCAGCCGUCUGCCGAAUCCGACCAUUCUGACCGCGGAAGAAACUGGGUACGGGACGCGCUGACCAAAGUGCCGGAUAAAUUGAUGAAUCCGCCAAAGGGAUUACCAGUCAGUGCGAUACGGGAAACGCUCAAGCCGAAAUGGAUCCAAGGCGCGCUCGAGAGGGCCGAGGCUUCCGACUCUCCGCUCCUAGAGACUGUGCUAGAUCCAAGGUUGACGAAGGACAAACCGGUCGGCACAGCACGGUGGCCCCUUGGAGAAGAACACAACUUUGAGCCUCCUGUAGACGACGAUCAUCUGGGCCUACACCCAAGGUUGAAGAAGCCGCCGAAUGGCGCUUCGGACAGACAGUAG